AUGGUUCAAGUCAGUUCACUCAGAUCGAUCAUCUUGAUCAGUGCCUUAUGUUUAGCUACCACUUUAGCCACCGCUCCUAGUCCACCCCCAGCGAACCCGAUCGCGAACAGUAGUGCAACCAAUGGUAGCAGUACUUACGAUGAUAUAACAGCCGAUGAUCUCUUAUCUGAUAAACCACCUUCACCUGACGCCAAGCCAAAAGAAAAUGCAACUGCAACUGCAACUGGAGUUAUGUCCCCUGAUGGGAAAUGUACCUGUGCUGCUUCACCUUCUGUUGGAUCCGGUGGACCUACUAUGUUGGCUGCUACUGCGCCUAAAUCUCCGGAUGCACCUCCACCUGCUGCACCUGACAACACCACCUCUCCAGCCCCAUCUGGUAAUGAAACGAGCUCUACAAUUAGUUUCAAGGACUCUGCCAAUGUUUAUUUCUUGGUAGCUGCUACUCUUUCUUCUAUUCAAGUUCUUGCUGCUUGA